AGGGCGGCGCAGCAGGCAGUGGGGCUCAGCAUGGCCGGGGAGCAGGUGUGCUGCAGGGUCACCUGCACCGCGCCCGUCAACAUCGCUGUCAUCAAGUACUGGGGGAAGCGGGACAACGAGCUGAUCCUGCCCAUUAACUCCUCACUGAGCGUCACCCUGAACCAGGACCAGCUGAAAACCACGACCACGGCUGCCAUCAGCAGGGACUUCAAGGAGGACCGGCUGUGGCUGAACGGGGAGGAGGCCGACAUCACCCACCCGCGCCUGCAGAACUGCCUGCGGGAGAUGCGCCGUCUGGCCCGAAAGCGCCGGAGCGGGAGCGAGGGUGACACGGCCCCGCUCAACCUGACCUACAAGCUGCACAUCGCCUCCGUCAACAACUUCCCCACGGCGGCCGGCCUGGCGUCCUCAGCGGCAGGGUACGCCUGCCUCGUGUACACGCUGGCCCGGCUGUACGGCGCCGACGGGGACCUCUCGGAGGUUGCGCGCCAGGGCUCGGGCAGCGCCUGCCGCAGCCUCUCCGGGGGCUUCGUGCAGUGGCUCAUGGGGGAGCGCCCGGACGGGAAGGACAGCGUCGCCCAGCAGGUGAUGCCCGAGACCCACUGGCCUCAGCUGAGAGUCCUCAUCCUGGUGGUUAGCGCCGAGAAGAAGCCCGUGGGCAGCACGGCAGGGAUGCAGACCAGCGUGGACACCAGCCCGUUGCUGAAGCACCGUGCAGAGGCCGUGGUGCCCGAGCGCAUGGCCCAGAUGGUGCGGUUCAUCCAGCAGCGGGACUUCGAGGGCUUUGGGCAACUCACCAUGCAGGACAGCAACCAGUUCCACGCCACCUGCCUGGACACCUUCCCACCCAUCUUCUACCUCACCGAUGUGUCGCGGCGUGUCAUUGCCCUGGCCCACCGCUUCAACACACACCAUGGUGCCACCAAGGUGGCCUACACCUUUGAUGCUGGCCCCAACGCUGUGAUCUUCACCCUGGAGGACACUGUGGAUGAGUUCGUGGAGGUGGUGAAGCGCAGCUUCCCCCCAGAGUCAAACGGAGACCAGUUCCUGCAGGGGCUGCCGGUGGGGCCGGCCGUGCUCUCGGAGGAGCUGCAGUCCGCCGUGGUGCUGGAGCCGGUGCCAGGAGCCAUCCGGUACAUCCUGCACACCCAGCCGGGACCGGGCCCCCAGCUCCUGGAAGACCCCAGCCUGCACCUGCUGGGACCGGAUGGGCUGCCCCUCCGGAGCGCCUCGGCAGCUGCCCCGGGAGAGCCACGCUGAGCACAGCACGGGUGGGUUGGGGCCGGGCAGGAGCUGGCUCUCGGGAGAGCCGGGCAGGACUCGGGGGGCUCUGCACCCAGCGCCAAAGUGAAGGAGUGUCUAUGAAGUGACCUGUGUUGCGGAAGAUGCUUUCCGGCCCCGCCGCUGCCUGGUGUCCACACAGGAGACUGCCAAAGCCCCUCCUGGGAGCCGGUGCCGCCACGGAGGAGGCAGCCCCAGUGCUGCCAGCCAGUGUGCCUUGCCCUUGCCCGGACUCCUCGUCUGCAAGGAGAUGGACUGAUGCCCGGCACCAGCACAGCUCCAAGGCGCCCAGUCCAAGCGGUGUCCAAGGCAGGCCCCAGAGGCACCCCGGGGUGCAGGAUGGCACUGCUGCCUCGCUGGGCUCUGCUCCAAAGCCGUCCCCCUGCCGUAGCUGCUGCGUGUGGCGCUGAAUAGAUGGCUCUGACCCCA